CACUUGAAUGCAUAACACGUCACAUGUAAAAAUACAACUAAUGUACCCUUUAGCUGUUAGUAUUAGGUAGAUUGGAGUUCUCUCCGUUAAGGAAAGUAAUAAUUCUACAUUCUAGAAUAUUCCUGAGUCGUGAGCUUUGUGGCCAGGGGGCAGCAACAAGUGAGACGGUUAACUGUCAUCCAUCGUUGCACACAGUUCAAGUAGAAGGAAUCUCAUUUGUUAAAUGGAGGCUCUUUUGAACUGCAAACCUGAAGAUUUGGAAGAUUAUUACGGUCUAUUGGGAUGCAAUGAAUUGUCAUCGACUGGCCAAAUUCUCAAUGAAUACAAAAUCAGAGCCUUGGCAUGCCACCCAGACAAACACCUAGACAACCCCAAAGCAGUGGCUGAAUUUCAAAAGCUGCAGGAAGCCAAAGAGGUUUUAUGCAAUGAUGCCAAAAGAACAAACUAUGAUUUUUGGAAAAGAAGCGGAGUUGCUAUCCCAUUCCAUGACUGGCAAGCUCUAAAUGACUCUGUUAAGACUUCAAUGCACUGGGCUGUGAGAAAAAAAGAAGAACCAAUGUUGGAGGCUGCCAAGGUAGAAACACAAAUGACAACUCAUGAAGAUGACCUUCAUUGUGAGCAGGAAGCACCAAAGAUGUGUGAAGCAAUGCUAUCAACUGAUUACUGCCAUCGCCGUUUCCGCUGGGCUGCUGAUUCACCAUCAAGUCUGCUGCAGAAGUUCAGAAACUAUGAAAUUUGAAUAUUUCACAUCUUUUUGAUAUUGUGUACAUGAGUGGUCUGGCUGUAAUGUAAUUCGACAUGUAAAGUGGAGAUGUUAGGUGUGGAAUCUUACCAGAUGUUAUGAAUAUAUGUUGACUGUUUUGCUGUGGUUUUGUGGUCUUUUAAAAUGUAUUCAUUUCCGUCUGCAUCAUUAUCAAAAUGCGGGGACCCUUUUCUUGUCCUAUUUAGUUUUUGCUGUAAAUGACUCGAUGUAUGUUCAAUAAAACCGUUGACGUGCAUUAUUUUUCACCUUGUUACAUUGGGGGAAAUAAUUACAAAAGUACACUUCAUUCAUUAACGGUGUUACAAAAUAGAUCAGUUAGAAUAAUACAUAAUGUUGGAUAUAGAGAACAUACAAAUCCUUUAUUUAUUGAAUCAAAGAUACUGAAAUUCCACGACAUAGUGAAUUUGCAAACAGCUAAAAUUAUACACAAAGCAAACUAUAACCUGCUACCCAAGAAUAUACAACAAUUCUUCUCAAAAAAAGAGGAGAAAUAUAAUCUUAGAGAGAAAUGUAAUUUAAAACAUUUGUACGCACGUACAACACUUAAGACCUUCAGUAUAUCAGUAUGUGGAAUUAAAUU